ACAUAAGCGACAGUGUAGUAAUGUUGUUGUGUGCAUACUACCGUGUCGUCUGCUCACAAGUGGUGAGUAGUACACCUUACUGACAGACAGACGACAGUGAGUGUAUAUCUACGAGGGUGGGAGUUUGCCAGGGAUUCAGGAGGCCCCGGAGAGUUAUGUGCUGACCUGUUCGGCUUUCUGACAAGGCAAGAUGUCAAAGUCACGCGAAACUGUUACCGAGAAGAGGACGGUGAUAACGUCUUCCUCCUCCGCCAACUAUGAUGAUGCUGCGGACAAAAAUAUCAGCACUUUCAAGUCCACCAUCUCCCCACGGAACACAGUUUUGGGUCGAACCCCUGGGCUCCCCGGACUGAGGACGUCGGGUAUGGGCGGGGAUUCCGGCACCGUCAUCACCCGUACGGUGGAAUACGGGUACGGCAACAAACACAUGGGUGGAUUGCCGUCCGGUGGAUAUGAACAACGCACAAACACAGGUGUCACCGAAAUGAAGGUUAAUCGUGAGAGGGAGAAGAAAGACAUGCAAGAUUUGAACGAAAGGUUCGCUAGCUAUAUAGAAAAAGUGAGGUUCCUUGAAGCCCAAAACCGUAAACUAGGAUCAGAAUUAGAACAUUUAAAAUCGAAAUGGGGAAAGGAAACGAGUCAGGUGAAACAAAUGUACGAGACCGAGUUAGCUGAAGCAAGGAAGUUAAUAGAUGACCUAACACGAGAAAAAGCCAAUCUAGAAAUCAAGAACAGCAGUCUACAGGAGCAGAUGUCUGAUAUGCAGAGACAACUUGACGAGGCUAGGAAAUACCGUAGUAUUGACCGUGAACAGAUACAGAAACUCAACCAACAGUUAUCGGACUACGAGGGCGAGAUCAACAUGCUAAGACGUACCAUAGAAUCUCUGGAGACAGACAGGCAGAGAGACAGGGACCGUUUCAGCAAGAUACAGACAGAUAUGGACAGAAUGAGGAUGGAUUUGAACAAUGAAACGCUGAAUCAUCUAGAUGCCGAGAACCGUCGCCAGACCCUGGAAGAAGAAAUGGUAUUCCUUAAGAACCUCCACGAACAGGAACUUAAGGAACUUACCGCUCUUGCCUACCGUGACACAACCGAAGAGAACCGCGAGUUCUGGAAGAACGAGUUGUCCUCGGCCAUCCGGGAUAUCCAGAGAGAAUAUGACUCGAAAUCGGACCAGAUCCGUGGUGACAUGGAAGCCUACUACAACCUUAAGGUCCAGGAAUUCCGUACAGGGGCCACCAAACAGAAUAUGGAAGUCACACAUGUUCGCGAAGAAAACAAGAAGCUUACGAAACAAAUGACAGAUCUUAGAGGAAGACUCGCUGAUCUUGAGGCCAGGAACGCACAACUUGAGAAACAAUACCAAGAAAUGCUCCGAGAGUACGAGCAGAUGGAGACUGAUCACACCCUAGAGACCGCCACUCUGAGGGAGGAGAUUACCAAGAUGAGGUCCGAAAUGGAAAGCAUUCUCCAGGAGCUCCAGACCCUCAUGGACGCUAAACUAUCUCUUGAACUUGAGAUCCUUGCCUACAGGAAACUUUUGGAAGGAGAAGAAACAAGGGCGGACAGAUUUCGUAACCUUGUAGGGAUGACUCAGUCUCGAGUUUCAAGUCCAUGGAGAAGAUGUGACACAACCAGCAGUUAUAGCAAAUCUGAUGUAGAUGCUGAAGACAGAACAUCUAUUGACGAUGAAAAGACAGAAAGGGACAUAACCCCGGAAGAUGAAUUAAAAUCUAUUAUAGACGUUAAAGGAGGCACAAUGCCAACAGUGGAUUCGGCCAGUGACAAAGAAGAUGGUGAUGAUGAUAUCAUUGAUGAUGACAAAGCUGAUUCAGCGGUUAAGGAUGAAAUAGUUGAAGAAGUUGUAGUUGAAGAAAAGCAAACCGUAGAAGAGGUCAUCUCAACCGAAACAGCGGCUGCUCCGGUGAGUGAACCAACAGAAGACAACAUCAAUGAUGAUGAUGAUGAUGGAAAAAACGAAGGAAUUGGAUCAGAUGCAAAAGAAGAUGAUGCUGCAAAAGACGUUUAUAAGAUCGAGAAUGAAGAAAAGCUAGGGGAUAAUGACGAAGAUGGGACUGUUGAAGACGUAGAUGAUGACAAAAGGGAUAAUGAUGAUGAUAGAGCCACGAAAGACGAAGCGGGUACCGACGACGUAGAUGCGACUGAUGAUACACAAGAGGUGGCAUAUGAUGGUAAGACAGAGGAAAAAGAAGAAAAAACACAUCCAAUGGAAACAAAAACAACAGAAGUAGGGGAAACUACAGCUGCAACAAUUGACGAAAAGGAUGCUGAGGAGACAGCAGAGGAUUCAGAAAUAAAAACUGAAUCUAAAGACGACGACACAAAAAUAACAAGUAAAGCUGCUAAAGAUGUGAUCGACGACAAGGAUAAUGAAAAAUCAACAGCAAUGGAAACAAAUGAUGACACAGAAAAAGCCGACGCUGAGGACGACGUGGACGACUCGUUGCAUGAAGUAGAUGAGCAGUCUGCAGAAGUGAAGGAAGAUAUAAAGGAUACAGAAAAAUCAAGCGAGAAGACCGCUGAUACAAAUGAUGAUACUGAAGAAGGGGCAGAAGAUGACACGAAGACGGAGGGAACAGAUAAUACAACCGAAGACGAAAAAGACAUCACUAAAGAAAACGAAACAACCGAUGCCCAAGAAGAGGAAACAUGUGAUGUUCCGGAGGAAAGUAAAAGUGCCCAAACAGAGGAAACGGAUGAUACCACGAUAGAAGACAAAACAGAACAUUCCAAGGUAGACGAAAAGACAGAUGACCAAGCUGAUGAUGGUGAUGACAAAUCAACAGACGGAAAAUCAAUUAAAGAAGCGGAGGAUACAGAGAAAGCCAAAGAAGCGACAGCAGAAACAGAUGAUACGGUCGAAUCAGUGAAAGCUGAUAUAAUAGAUGAGACGAAAUCCGCGAAAACACCAGAGGAUAAGGAUAAAGAGGAAAGCGUAACAGAAGAACAUGUAAUCUCGAAAACAGAGGAGACAACAGUAACAGAAGCAGCUGUUUCAAAACAAGAUGGGACUAAAGACGAAGGAUCCGCUGAUGCUACCAAAGACACGCCAGAGGAAAGCGAAACAGCUAAGACACCAGAAGAACCAGAUACAAAAGAGGAAACGAAAGAUGACUCAGUACAAGAUCAUGACACAAAGGAUGAAGGCAAAAAAGACGACGAAGCCAAAACGUCCGUUGCUUCCACGGAAAAUGAAACAGAUGCAGGAGAAUCAAAGACAGAAGACUACAAGGUUGAUGAAAAAGCGAACGAAAUUGAUACUAAAUCUGACGAAGAUAGCGCGGAAAAAACUGAAGUUGCCGAAACAGUUACAGCAGAGAAGGAGGAUAAAUUAGAUAAACAAGAAGAUUCUGAGGAAGCUGUGGCUGACGUCAAACAAAAACGUGAUGAAAGUGAUGAGUUACCGAAAGUAAACGGCGUGCCUGAUGCAACUCAACCAAAGAUAAUUGCCGAUUCUAAAACUGGUGAUGAUGACACUACUGAUAAGGUAGAAACGAUUGAAGAAGAGGCAAAAUCUGAAUCUGAGGAAAAAUCAAAAGAUGAUCCGUCCAAGACAACAAAUGAUGCAGUAAAGACACACGGUGUAAAUGGUGAUGUGGCUGCUGAUACCGACGACAAGGAGACGACAAAUGACGACGAUGCAGACUCCUCCGUAAGUAUGAGGAUGAUGCGCGGAGAGGUGUCUGCUAAGACAACCUACCAGAAAACAUCUACUGGCCCUGUCUCCGUGUCAGAGGUCAGCCCUGAAGGCAAGUUCAUAGUCUUGGAGAACACAUCUUCCGGCAGUAACAAGAGGGAGGUUGACAUGAACAAAUGGAGACUGAAGAGGACCGUUGACGGUCAGCGUGACUAUAUUUACGAAUUUAGAAACUUCAACCUCAAGCCAGGAAAGAGCGUGAAGAUCUUUGCUCGAGGGUCUGCCGGAGAUGCUGGUCUAAAUGAUCUUGUGUUCCGUGACGAAGACACCUGGGGCUAUGGAGCCCAAGUGACAACCUGUCUUUUGAACGAGAAGAAUGAGGAAAAGGCUGCCCACACUCAGAAGACCAAGUACCAGUAAAAUGUCAUCUUGCCAUGCCAUGACGCCAACAACUACUGCAAAUUAUGUAACUACUGUAGUGUGCUUCCCAUGAUAGACUGCUGACUUCUGUUCAAACGUUCUGUUGCGCUGAUGGAUUGACUAACCAAUCGAUGUUCGGAGUUCCGGCUUUCUUUUAAUGAUUGACUACCCACUCGUUCGAUGUUUCGAAAUUCCUCAAACCGUGCGACGCCAUAAUGAUAGAAACAAACAUUUAUGAACAGUUUAAUUAAACGAUUGUCUUUCUAAUUGUAGCAAAACACAUAAACGAUAACUCUAGAUCCUAGAGUGUGACAGCUUGUAAUUUCCUGAUACUAAUCAUUUAAAGAGGAAUGCCUUAUUGUGGCAACAGGUAAAACGUUUACACGACACAAAGGCUUGAAUAACACAUGCGUCAAUUAAAAUCAAAACUACAGCGAUUAUGUUCAUUUUUACUAACCUAAUAUAAUGGAUAUUUGCUAAUUGAAAUCUUGAGUGAUUUGAAACAAAUCUUCGUUGUUUAAGAAGUAGGUCGUUGACACAUACCUUUGCUUAGCUGUAUAUCUUCUUAAGGUAAAAUUGAACGAACGCUGAUCUUGCACGAGAGAUACGAAAAUAUGGCUGUAAACUGUGAUGCAAAUUUGCUGCUUUUUGAGCAUGCCAUUCACUAACAUUAGAUGUGAAGUAAUAUAUGUGAUUUUGGAUAACAUUAUUAUUAAUGUACAUGAUGUCAGUGGUGUACCAAUCGAGUAUUUAUUACAAAUUUUAUCAUUAAUGAAUAUCUGUAAUUUUCAAUUAUGUUUUAAGAAUUACUUUUAAGUAAUAAUUUUAUAAUGUAUUCCUCCUCCCCUCCCUGUACUCGUCUUCCCGAUUAAAUUAAUUGAAUACCUUUUUUUUUUUUUUUUUUUAACUUUUUCACAUUUUUAAAAAAUCAUUAUCAUUAUUCAUUUUUCCAAAAUUAUUUCUUGUACCUUUUUAUUCAGUGAUGUAGCGGAAGUUAACCUAGCAUUCUGUUAGUUCGGGCGUGAAAGUUCAACGUGAAGAUGAGUAUUAUAAGGGAGAUUAUCAACAAAAGCAUUCGAAUGGUUCCACUACCAAGCUAAUUUAAAUAUGCUCGACUUUAUUAUUUAUGCAAUUUUCUUUCAAUAAAUGCUGUAUUUUGUA